AUGGAAAUUCUGUCGUGGCUUCCGGUGAAAGAUCUCCUGCUAUUCAAGUGCGUUUCAAAAGGGUGGAACCAACUUGUCUUUGAUUCUGCAUUUGUGAAACUUCACCUCCAAAGGUCCUCAAAAAACACUCACACGUUGUUGACCUUUCUGGAUGAUUCCCUUAGCUAUAGAAGACAUUGUGCCAUCGUUUGUCCUAUACAAGAUUUAUUUGAAAACCCGUCAUCCACCCUCGAAACUUUACCUCACAGUUAUCUCCCCUUCAACGGCAAGAGAAGUAUUUUGGGUUCCUGCAACGGCUUGGUGUGCUUACAAGAUUCUUUUUUUCACGGUGAAUUUAAAGAAUACUGGUUUCCGAUGGGGAAUCCCGCAACAAGGGUGAUGAGUAAUGAGCCCCCUCAUAUUCGUAUUAAUCUCAGCGAUUAUAAAUAUCCUUUCAGGUUGGUGUAUGGGUUUGGGUACGAUGAAUGGAGUGACACUUACCAAGUUGUGUUAUUGGAUAACAACAAGAAUAAAUCACAGAAACUGGAGGUAAAAGUUUGUUCUUUAGGGGAUAAUUGUUGGAGAAAUACUUUCACUUGUGAGGCUGUUCCCAUAAAGAUGGAUAAUAGGCUUCGUGGAAUUUGUGGUGCUUUUGUGAGUGGUACUUUAAACUGGUUAGCGUAUCCGAAAUCCCGCGCUGGUGAUGAUGAACGAGGAGGAACUAAGAUGAACGAGUUAGAAAUAUUUUCUUACGAUCUAAAGAAGGAGAGUUGCAGUUAUUUCUGUAUGCCUGAUGGCAUUUUAGAAGUUAGUCCUAAUGAGGCUGUGCUUGAGGUUUUGAAUGGUUGUUUGUGUCUUUCUCAUUAUCAUGAGAAUGAUUUUAUCGUGUGGCUGAAGAGAGACUUUAGGGAUGAAAAAUCUUGGUCAAAGUUGCUGCAUUAUAAGAAUCGUCCUUCACCUUGUUACUACACACGUUACAUUGACAUCAUUUGUAUGUGUGAGAAUGAUGAUGUCGUGCUGCUUGCAGACACAGGUCUCUACUCAAAAUCAGAAUUUAUUUGGUGGAACAUCAGAGACAAUAGAAUGGAGGGUCGUCAAAUUUUCGACAAGUACAAGUUUUAUCUUUCCUCUUAUGAUUAUGUUCAUAGCUUGGUUUUGCCGUAA